GCUGAGACUGAUGCAACAAUUGAGCUGCCUAUAUGUACAUAAUUUACAUCGUGGAAUAUGAUAUGCAUUGAUGAACCUUAUAAUUCAAGCUUAACCUUCUAGGCUUUGCAUUUUUGUCAAGACUUCCGAAUAGCUUUUGCACAGGUAACCUAUCUCCUCAAGAAAAAUCAGAGAUGCCUGAAGGGGCUUCUGUUUGUUACUACUGACAAUAAUUUGUGUUCCUCACGUAGUUAUCCACGUAUUAAAGCCAUUUUGGUGUCACACAUUAACUGAUGUGACAUGCAUAGCCAGACAACAAAGGAAAUACUGCUGAUGGUUGUUUGCACAUUGUGUUUACAUGAGGCCAUUUAUAAUUUGCAUCAAAUGAAAAGUUGCUAAUAAAUUCCUUUUAGCCUCUUCCAGGCAUUCACUUAGUUGGGGUGCAGCAGAAAAAAUGGUGCACAAAAAAUAAAGAAGAGGAGUGGUGCAGGAAGGGUAGUCCUGAAUGGAAGCAAAACCCAUACAGUCGAGAGGCUGGUCCCCUGACGAGACCAACAUCAAACACAAGGGCUGACAAUCAAGCAAAAUACCGUCAUACAAUAUCACCUCCUCAAGACAUUGAACGUCCUUCUUUUUUGCAAUAUUCUCAUUCAAGUAUGGAUGCAACACAAGACUCCAAACAGCAUUAUGCCACCCCCUCCUUCCGAGAACUUCACAAGGUUCAGCGUCAGGUUUUGCAGCCAGCUGCAGCUUAUGUCGCAGACCAAUCUACCACUUCGAUAGGAGCAACCACAAGCCAAGCGAAAGUGACCCAGGAAGGUGCAUAUGAUGACGGUCUGCAGGGACGGCACUCAUUUAGUGCUGGAUCACAAGCUCAGUCCAGAAAUAAAAUGCAAGUGUUCUUGCCAGGAGACAGGGUCAUAUUUGCCGAGUCACCAUCAGCACCUGGUGUACCUAUUGUAUACAGACUUCCUGAGGAGAGACAGGCAAACCCUGACAGGCUUAACCUUGACAGGAGAAGAUUGACAAUCUGUCCCAUUCUUGAAGGUGAAGACUACCUAAGGCUGCUCAACUUUCAGCACAAUCUCAUCAGCAGGAUUUCCCACCUUGAGAAUCUCAAGAGACUAAUCUUCCUGGAUUUUUAUGAUAACCAGAUUGAAGAGAUUUCAGGUCUGUCUGCCUUGCGAUCUCUCAGAGUCCUCAUGUUGGGAAAAAACAGGAUUAGGAAAAUCAGUAACCUAGAGUCGCUCACAAAGCUUGAUGUGUUGGAUCUUCAUGGCAACAAGAUAAUCAAGAUUGAAAAUCUUGGUCACCUCACCGAACUCCGGGUUCUAAACCUGGCUGGUAAUGAAAUUGUCCAUGUUUGUAAUGUCAGUGGAAUGAGAGCUCUGGCUGAACUGAAUUUGAGGAGAAAUAAAAUUUGCACUGUGGAAGAGGUCGAUCUGCUACCAAAUCUACAGAGGAUGUUUCUCAGUUUCAAUAGCAUCACGAGUUUUGAUGACAUUAUAUGUUUGUCGAACUCCACUUCACUGAAUGAGCUGUCCAUGGAUGGAAAUCCCUUCUCAACCGAUCCUUCUUACAAGCAGGUCAUACUCAGGAAUCUGUCAAACAUACGGCAACUGGACAUGAAGAGAAUAUCAGAAGAGGAGAAAAGAAUAGCCUCAGUUAUGGCCAGAAAAGAAGAAGAGAAAAAGAAAGAAAUCAGUAAACUGGCUGUUCUCAAGGAAAAGCGUCGCAUUGCUAUCAACAAUGCACAGAGGCAAUGGGAGGUGACCCGAACUAAGGAAAUUGUGAAGACCGAGUCCCGGGAUACCCUGGAAACUGCUCCCCAGACCUCAAGUAAUGAACUCACCGACUGUAUAGAUACAAGGGAUACUGCGCCCUCCCCUCUGAGUAUCUGUCACCUUGCUGAACUGGACAACGACACGUUAUACUUGUAUGGCCCAGGCUCCUUGGACGCGCUGGAUCGUAACUGGGGUAACCAGGCCGUGCAGGCUGUCAGUGCGAUCUCCUUCAAAUUCAUCGACUUUGACAACAUUGUUCCUCAGCUGUACAAGAUCAGAGCUCGAUUUCCCUCCCUGCUGGGCCUUACAUUUACAGAGACGAAUAUCAAAGGUUUGCAGCAAAUCAAUUGUUUGUCUCUUUUACGAAGACUUGAACAUCUUAAUAUCAGCAACGAGGGAAAUCCUAUAACCUCCUUUACUUUGUGGAAACCUUACGUGCUCUUCCGUUUGGCUCACUUCUCUCUCAGAAAAAUCAACGAUGUAGAGGUGACAGCUGAAGACAAUGUCAAUGCUGAGAAACUGUUUGGAACCUUGGCUCACAUCACGACAUCUCAGCUUCCUCAGUCCAGACUUCUCACCAUGUUAGGAGACUCACGACGAAAACAAGUUCUUGACGCAGAUAAGAAUAAGAAACCAGAGGGCAAACACGAGAGGGCUCCUUCCAACGAAUCUGUCAGCCGAGCAGGACUACAAUACUGGCCAGCGGACUCACAACGGACUCGCCAGGAAGCAGAGGAAAGACGAACAUUCGCGGUGAAUUACAUGAAGGAGAUCGCACAUACUGCCAUACUUACAGAACGUAAGAAAAAGAAAUUGAAUGAAAUAUUACCAGAAGUUUUCUGUAAAAUGGUGCAUUCAGCUGUCACAGACUUAAACGAUUUGGACACGUUCAUGAAGAACAGCUUUGAAAGAAUAAAAAACAAGUAAUGUUAUGACGGAAAGGCUGGGAAAAGUCAGCCACUGAGCUUCGCAGCAAAUUGGUAUCAAAUAUGGCGUGGAAUGGACUGGCCUUUGCGACCGCCAAGAAGGACGUAUCAAGAAAUGGUCUAUUGUUCCGGCUCAACAUCACACGUUAAGCAAAAAUGAAUAGCC